AUGAUCGCGGCCAAGGCCAGCAGGACCCCGAAGGACAGUAUGACGCUGCUGCCCUGCUUCUACUUCGUGGAGCUGCCCAUUGUGGCGUCCUCCGUGGUGUCCCUGUACUUCCUGGAGCUGACAGACGUGUUCAGGCCGGCCAAGGUGGGCUUCCAGUGCUAUGACCGCUCGCUCUCCAUGCCCUACGUGGAGACCAGCGAGGAGCUCAUCCCGCUGCUCAUGCUCCUGAGCCUGGCCUUCGCCGCCCCCGCAGCCUCGAUCAUGAUCGGUGAGGGCCUGCUGUACUGCGUGCAGUCCCGGCUGUGGGGCCGAGGGGGCGUCCCCCGCGGAGCCGAGGGCACCAUCAGCGCCGGCGGCUGCAGCCUCAGCUCCUUCCUGCGCCGGACCGUGCGGUUCGUGGGCGUCCACGUGUUUGGCCUGUGUGCCACGGCCCUGGUGACAGACAUCAUUCAGUUGGCCACGGGCUACCACGCACCCUUCUUCCUCACCGUCUGCAAACCCAACUACACCCUGCUGGGCACGUCGUGCGAGGCCAACCCCUACAUCACGCAGGACAUCUGUUCCGGCCACGACACCCACGCCAUCCUGUCUGCACGGAAGACCUUCCCGUCCCAGCACGCCACGCUGUCCGCCUUCGCGGCCGUCUACGUCUCGAUGUACUUCAACUCCGUCAUCUCGGAUGCCACCAAGCUGCUCAAGCCCCUGCUGGUGUUUGCCUUCGCCAUCGCGGCCGGCGUGUGCGGGCUCACGCAGGUCACCCAGUACCGCAGCCACCCCGUGGACGUGUACGCCGGCUUCCUCAUCGGCGCCGGCAUCGCCGCCUACCUGGCCUGCCAUGCGGUGGGCAACUUCCGCGCCCCGCCGGCCGAGAAGCCCGCGGCCCCGGCGCCGGCCAAGGAUGCCCUGCGCGCGCUGACCCAGCGCGGCCACGACUCCGUGUACCAGCAGAGCAAGUCGGCCAGCACCGACGAGCUGGGCCCGCCCGGGCGGCUGGAGGGCGUGCCGCGGCCCGUGGCCCGCGACAAGACGUCCCUGGGCAGCCUGAAGCGGGCCAGCGUGGAUGCUGACCUGCUGGCACCCCGCAGCCCCAUGGUCAAGGAGAACAUGGUGACCUUCAGCAACACGCUGCCGCGGGCCAGCGCGCCCUCUCUCGACGACCCCGCGCGCCGCCACAUGACCAUCCACGUGCCGCUGGACGCUACCCGCUCCAAGCAGCUCAUCCGCGAGUGGAAGCAGACGCUGGAGGGCCGCGGCCCCGGGCUGCCAGACGAGGCCAGCCCCGCACACCUGCGCGCUCCCGCGGAGCCCAUGGCGGAGGAGGACGAGGAGGAGGAGGACGAGGAAGAGGAGGAGGAGGACGAGGAGGACGAGGAGGGGCAGGGGGAGGGGGAGGAGGGCGGCCCCGCGCCUCCCUCGCUGUACCCCGCCGUGCAGGCGCGGCCGGGGCUUGCGCCGCGCGUGGUCCUCCCGCCGCGCGCGGGGCCGCCGCCGCUGCUGCACAUCCCUGAGGAGCGCGCGCAGCCCGCGGCCGGGCUGUCCCCCAAGAGCGGCGCCGCGGUGCGCGCCAAAUGGCUGGCCAUGGCGGAGAAGGGCGGGGCCGUCGUGCCCGCGCCCGGCGCGCAGCCCCGCGUGGCCAACCCACCGCGGCUGCUGCAGGUGAUCGCCAUGUCCAAGGCCCCGGGCGCGCCGGGCCCCAAGGCGGCCGAGACGGCGUCGUCGUCCAGCGCCAGCUCCGACUCGUCGCAGUACCGCUCGCCGUCCGACCGCGACUCGGCCAGCAUCGUCACGAUCGACGCGCACGCGCCGCACCACCCGGUGGUGCACCUGUCGGCUGCCGCCGCGCCCUGGGAGUGGAAGGCCGCGGGCGUGUCCCCCGGCUCCUCCGUCAGCGACGUGGACCAGGAGGAGCCGCGGUUCGCCGCCGUGGCCACCGUGAACCUGGCCACGGGUGAGGGCCUGCCCCCGCCGGGCGCGGCCGAGGGGGCGCUGGGGCCGGUCAGCCGCGAGUCCACGCUGCGGCGCGCGGCGCUGGGGGAGCGCGAGGCAGGCGAGGCGGAGGCCGAGGGCUACUACCGCAGGAUGCAGGCCCGCCGCUUCCAGGACUGA